UUUGUAAAGGCAGUUUGUCAUUUGUGUCUAAAGUGUACAGUCUUAUUCGUUUUGCAUUUCGGUGUUUUAUGUUCUCUGUACCGAUGCCGCCCGGGAUCUUGUGGUUGUGAUUGCGGUUUUGAAAAUCGUGAAAACGUUUCUGAUCUCAUCUGAGUCUGACUGGGAUCCCCGGAACCAAGAUGGCGCGUCAUCACCCAGCUGUUAAUGUCGCCACAAUAACUGAAGAGGACGUGGUCGAGGAAGAGAUUGGGGAAGAUGGCAUGGUGGAAGUGGUCGCUGUCCGUGAGAGGCAGAGGCCGGGAGAAGAAAGGAGAAGAUCCUCGGACCCUCCCGACGGCGGCGCUGACGAGAGGCGGUCCAGCGUGGUCAUACUCGAGCGCCCCAACAGCCUGGUGGAGAAAGACGUGGAAGACGCCUCCAUCAACACCUCCCUCUUGAGUGCCCUGAUCCUCGCCUCCAGCGCCGGCUCCUCCUCGAGUGCCUCCUUGAGACGCUCCUCCUCCACCUCCUCCGUCUGCUCCGCCACGUCGUCCUCGGAGAAGCAGAGCUCGAGUCCCAAGUCGAAGAGGACGGCCUCCAGGACGGCUGGGAGGGCCAUGGGCUAUACGAUGAACCUUUCGGGCAAGUUCGUCACGGAAUUGACCCUGUUUGACCCCAGCGAAGGCCCGGUCAGGACCUCCCACAUUAACCUGGGCGUUUUCUUAGCCACCGACCAGGCCAUGGGGGACCAUUCUAUUUACAAGGUGUCGCCCGUUUCACCUCUGGCUCUGCUCAAAAUUAAGACGCAAGACAGACUCAUCCGCCUCAACGACAUGCCCGUGGAAGGCUGGUCUCACAGCAGCGUCAUCGACUUCGUCAGGAACCUUACCCUUUCCGACAACGUUACCUCACCGCCCUCACCCACUGCCCCUGCGCCCGCGUGCACACCCGCGCCCGCGACGAAAGGAGGAAGAGGAAGAGGGAAAAUAGGAGGAGGAGUAGCAGGAGGAGGAGCAAUAGGAGGAGGAGCGAUAGGAGGAGCAGGAGGAGGAGGAGCGAUAGGAGGGAAAUUGUCAAACGACCCGGGGAUACUUGUGCCGUUUUCUCUGGAAUACCGCCGGGUAGGGAAGACAGUGCGUUCCAACGACGAGGCGCCCACCAGCAAGCGGGUCGAAGCCUUGCUCAGAGUCCGACGAAAGAGAGCCACAAUAGAUUCGGUCAAGGAAUCCGAAGUCAGAGUCAGGCACGAAAACGAACACGUCAUGAGGCUGAGACUGAAACAUGACCUUCCUCUCUAUGUCAAGGUCACCACGAGGCCGAAUGGGGUCAUGGACUUAGAGACAGGGGAGACGGAUGCUCAUAACGAAACAGUAUGCUUCACGCUCCACCUGUUCACGCCCUCUCCUGCCUAUGCUGAGGGCGGGCAAGUCGUGGUGUUGGAGACGGGCAAUGCAGGGGGAGUUGUCUAUGCUAAUUCCCCUGCAAGCGUUGGCAUAUUGCAAGGCACAACUGUCCUAGUUUCGGCACAUACCCAGGUGGACAUCAAGUUCUUCCUGAUGCGUAGCGCUGUGGGCAGCCCUUUCGUCUCUUUGAAAAACCUGCUUACUGGUAACUACUUGUCAGCUAGUUUAGAGGGCUUGAAGCUAGUUCGACCUGACAACAAUAAGCUGCUGCCAGACUCCUGUUUAUUUCAAAUCCACAACUGCCAGCACUAGAUUUUAUUUCCUGUGUGCUAAAAGAUGCCAAUAAAAUACAUGUUUGUAUAUGUACGAGAGGAUAUGUUAGUUACCAUGCCUUCAUAAACGUUUUGUUUGCAGUGUGAGUUGAUUCUUGCCGAUGUGGUAUUGCAUAAGAUUUGAUCUUGAAUAAAUGGUUUAUUUCA